AUUCCCGGCACCACAGCUAGCCAGAUACAUCAUCAACACACAAAGACCUCAUCACAUCUUUCCAGUUCACCGGCCGUUAUGGAGAUGAAGCCCGCCGCGCAGCCGGUCACCGGCGUCCCCGUCGGCGCGGCGCCGGCCGCCUGGUCCUCCGGCCUCUUCGACUGCUUCGACGACUGCGGCCUCUGCUGCGUGACCUACUGGUGCCCGUGCAUCACCUUCGGCAAGGUGGCGGAGAUCGUGGACAGGGGCUCCACGUCGUGCGGCACCAGCGGCGCGCUGUACGCGCUCCUGUGCUCGCUCACGGGCUGCCAGUGGAUCUACUCGUGCACCUACCGCUCCAAGAUGCGCGCCCAGUACGCGCUCCCGGACGCGCCCUGCUGCGACUGCUGCGUCCACUUCUGCUGCGAGCCAUGCGCGCUCGUGCAGCAGUACAAGGAGCUCAAGGCCCGCGGCUACGACCCCGAGAUCGGCUGGCACCUCAACAUGGAGCGCCGCGCCGGCGCCGGCGCCGUCAACCCGCCGGGCGUUCAGGAGAUGGGCCGCUAGCUGGCUAGCUGCUCGAACUCAGCUGCUGCUUUAUUAUUGCCAUUUCUGUUUGCGUCUUUUAUGUUUGAUAAAUUGUUGAUAUAUUGUAUUAGUACGUAGUAACUUGUGUGAGUAUGUUGGAUAGUGAUGUGAUGACUUGAUGUUUUGCUCUUGCAACUUCAAUAAUGUUUUGGUUUGCUAUAA